ACAUAAAAGAUCGAUGGCUUCGCUACCGCUCCUCCUUUUUUAAACCAAUUGACCACGAGUGUAAAUACAGUUGGACAGGAGGUUUGGCUGCCUGGGUCUCUGCUUUCCGAUUGGACAGGCUUAUCCGAUAUUGAACGCCUAUUCGUCUUUGUUUUCUUGGUCCAGCUGCCAAUGUUCCCGGCAUUCCAAGGAUUAAACGGCAGUAGCGAAUUUGAUUUGCUGUGCAUGUGAUCACGAGGUUUCCUCCUGCUCUGUGGUCUGGACCUGUGCAAUACUGACAGUGUAAGGGUUGUUUGAGCAGGCUGAAAAGAUUGAGGUUUGUUUCUGUGAACCGAGUAAGCAGAUAUAAAUCGUGCAGAACAACACUCUAAAGUAAAUGCUUGACUGUCUCCUGUAUUCUGAAGAUCAAUAUGGACUGAUCCAGGGCGAAUGAGAAUGGGCCCCCAACGAUGCUAGGGCUACCAUGGGCAGCGUCACGUUGCGCUAUUUCUGUUAUGGGUGUCUAUUCACUUCCGUGACUUGGACACUUCUGCUCUUCAUUUACUUCAACCUUAGCCAGGAAAGCCAGCCCUUGAAGAAUGUGCCCGUCAAGGGGGGCCAGUCCUUCAAGUACUUCCCCAGGAAGUUCCAGCCCCGCUUCACACGGAGUCCCAGCUGGCUGCAGGGUCCCAACCAACACUGGGGCAAGGAGGAGGGCCGCAAGAAAGCAGCAGAGCUCUCUCCAGAAAUGGGAAUGAUUUUCAAUGAAGUGGACCAGGAGGUGAGAGACGUGGGCUACCACAAACAUGCUUUUAAUGUACUCAUCAGUAACCGGCUGGGCUAUCACAGGGAGCUGCCUGACACCAGAAACACAAAAUGUAAAGGAAAGCUCUACCCUGUGGAUCUCCCGAGUGCCAGUGUUGUGAUUUGUUUCUUUAACGAAGCGUUCUCAGCCCUGCUGCGCACGCUGCACAGUGUUUUAGAUCGAACCCCGUCCCACUUGCUGCACGAAGUCAUACUGGUGGACGACAACAGCGAAUUUACUGACCUGAAGGAGGAGCUAGACGCAUAUAUCAAGAAGAACCUUCCUGGCAAAGUGAAGCUGGUGCGCAAUGCAAAACGAGAAGGGCUGAUUAGAGGCAGGAUGAUUGGAGCAUCUCAAGCAACUGGGGAGGUCCUGGUUUUCUUGGACAGUCACUGUGAGGUGAAUGAGAUGUGGCUGCAGCCUCUACUGACCCCCAUUAAGGAGGACCGCCGGGCGGUGGUGUGCCCCGUGAUUGACAUCAUCAGUGCAGACACCCUCAGCUACAGCUCCUCCCCCAUCGUGCGGGGGGGCUUCAACUGGGGCCUGCAUUUUAAAUGGGAUCCUGUGCCUCUCUCUGAGCUGAACGGCCCUGAGGGGGCCACCGUACCAAUCCGGUCUCCCACAAUGGCAGGAGGCUUGUUUGCGAUGGACAGGAAGUAUUUUAAUGAGCUGGGGCAGUAUGACAGCGGCAUGGACAUCUGGGGAGGAGAGAACUUGGAGAUCUCCUUCAGAAUCUGGAUGUGCGGCGGCAGGUUGUUAAUAAUUCCCUGCUCCAGAGUUGGGCACAUUUUCCGCAAGCGGCGACCGUACGGGUCACCUGGAGGUCAGGAUACCAUGGCGCAUAACUCUCUACGCCUGGCUCACGUGUGGAUGGAUGAAUACAAGGAGCAGUAUUUUGCAUUGAGACCAGAGCUGAGAAGCCGUAACUAUGGAGAUAUCAGCGAGCGACUGGCUGUGAGAAAACGACUCCACUGCAACUCGUUUAAGUGGUACCUGGACCACAUCUACCCAGAGAUGCAGGUGUCGGCUCCCAACGCCAAAGCACAGCACCCUGUGUUUGUGAACAAGGGACUGAGGCGACCCAAAGUCCUGCAGCGAGGAAGACUCCGUAACCUUCUGACGAGCACAUGCCUGGUUGCCCAGGGCCGUCCCAGCGAGAAGGCAGGGAUCGUGGUGGUGAGAGAAUGCGACUCUGAAGAUCCGGAGCAGGCAUGGGCCUACGAUGAGGAGCAGGAGCUGAUCCUGGCCGGGCUGCUGUGUCUGGACAUGUCAGAGACGCGCUCCUCUGACCCGCCUCGUCUCAUGAAGUGCCACGGCUCCGGGGGAUCGCAGCAGUGGACACUGGGGAGGAGUAACCGCCUGUACCAAGUGUCUGUUGGCCAGUGUUUGAUGGUUGUUGACCCACUUAGCCAUAAAGGGUACGUUGCCAUGGGGAUAUGUAAUGGUUCUAAGGCCCAGCAAUGGCAGCUUGAAGACUGACACUGCCAGGAAAGGAAGGGGUCUACAUCAUUUAUAAACCUUUACUGGAAUUGAGACGGAAGAAAGCCAAGUUGGACUUGUUCCUGGAUAAGCCAGUCACACAGUGGAUUUAUCAGAAGACUGGAGCACAUAAUCGACACAACAGUAUUGUUGAACUUUUUAUAGAACUAGGGAGAAUUUUAGGAGAAACAUACAAGGAUAUGCUAAUUUAAAGUUCAAGUUAUUUUAUCAUUUUGAUUAUUUUCUUUUAAAAAUUAAAAUAUAACAUUUUGGGGGGACGGACGACUACUAUUUUAAACACUGCUACAUACGAUUUUAAUUUCUUAAAUAAAGAAGCCCAAGCUUUUUGUUUUUUGUUGAACCCUAACAGAAUGGCAAUUCCUUUAUUAUUGUAUUAAAGUAUCAUUGGGAUCUGGACUAUUUACAAGUGUUGUUCUCAAACCAGGAAAGCUAGCACAACUAAUUUACCGAAUCAUUGAAUACAACUAAUAUGGAAUCACAAACUGCAUAUUGUUUGAUUAGGUCAUUUAAAAUGGGUACAGGCACUUACACUGAUGCAUCAUAAUGUAUUAUCAGUAAGUAAAAAUGGAAUGUAAUGUACUGCUUGGAUAUCUAUAAUAAAAAAGACUUUUUAAUUUA